UGCAGUACAGUAUGAUCAUGGGAGAUGGUAUACCACAUACGUCUGAGGAGUUCAUCCAGGAGAAAUGCUACUCCAAGGUCCACACAGUAGAUAAAGCCAGAGAAGGGUCAGGAAACCAGCACUCCUACAUCACAGCUCAGGCAGGGACUGGGGGCCCAAAACUGAACUGAUAAGGCACUUCUUGUAAUAGGCUGUGCAGGGAAAUCCAUGGUGAUACUGGUCAAGGCCAGUAAGGUCAAUUAGUGCCCUCAAGAACCUUGUAGGGUGUGCAUGAGUUUUUCAAAGAGCUCUCUAGAAUGUGUCUCCAUGGGAUUUCAGCAACGAGUGAGGAAGGCAUCCCAGCUCCUGGUGCCCUGAGAUACCCCGGGAAGGAUUCUCCUGGGCAUCUGUUCUUCCCUUGGCAGGUCAUGGAAGGACACAGGGAUCCUCGAGUUGUGGUGUGUGUGGAUUAUGCAGUUGAAACAAAGGGAGGUUAAACCAUGAAGUUCCAUGUCCUGUCCUCAUUUUGAAACCCUUGUUUGCAGCUUGCUGAUCUCUGCUGUUUGGUUCGUGUGGGGCACAUAAAAAUGCAUCCACCAAUGUGUUUGUGGUGAGAGAACAUUAAUAUUUAAAAGAGGGGGUGAGAAGGGGAAUAAAAAAAAGGCUGCCUGAACUUUUUCCCCUCCUUUUCUUCCAUUAUCUCUUUUUCUGCUUCUAUAAGCAGUAUUGACUGAUUUGGGAUUCUGAUGACACAGUAUUUGCCCUCCCCUUCUGGAGCUAGACGGAAGGAAGUGGGGUAGAAAAUGAAAUAUCAGCUCCUAACCUCGGGUCAGAUCAGGUCACUGUUUUUGGUGCUGGUUCUAGCACUCACAGUAGGGAGCUCACCCCAUGGGAGGGUAGCUCAUCCCCGACCCAGCAAGAAUGGUGGCUCUGUGAGGCUUAGUGAAGAUUGCCUGAACCAAAAGAAUCUCAAGUUUCCUACCAUGGUGAAAGUUGACAUUCGUAUCAGCAAUUCAGGUCAUGCCUUUAGGGUGGUUCAUGAUGUCAGGAACCGGUCUCUCUCUCCUUGGGAUUACAGGCUUGAUGAGGACCCCAACCGCUUCCCUCAGGUGAUUGCUCAUGCCAAGUGUCGCCUCUCCAGCUGUGUGAACCCACUGGGGCAGGAGGACCACAGCCUCAACUCCAUCCCCAUCCAACAGGAGAUCCUUGUCCUCCGGCGGGAGCAGCAGGGCUGCCAAUACACCUACCGGCUGGAGAAGAAAGUCAUCACUGUGGGCUGCACAUGUGUUGCUCCAGUCAUCCAACACCAGUCCUAGGAAGAAUUAGUAGGGGAAGGAACACUGGGAAGAAAAAGUAUUUCCUAUGAAGAUCCCUCUGGAGAAAUCCCACCGUAAGCCACCUUGCAUCCC